GUCAAACAGUACGUACUGACCAUCCUGCUGGUGACGCACAGCUUUAGGGAAAACAUUAUGGUCUAAUUUUCUGACGUGCCGCAGACGAAGUGUAUAGCGGCACAUCGGCCCAGGUGGUGCAGCAGCAGCACUACAGCGGCAGCUUCGUGUGUGACUUCAGCGUGUUUUACUACCCCUUUGACGUGCAGCAGUGCAGCGUGUUGGUGCAGCUGGCGUCGCUCAGCAAGCAGCUGGUCAUCCUCACUAACGCGAGGUCUUUUGUCGAGUACAACAACAACCGCAACCUACAAAUAUACGUCGUCAGUCGGUUUUUCGUCACGGAACAGAAGAACUCGAGCAGCACUGAGAACACCAUGAUAGAGGUUGGCUACACGUUGACGCGAAGGUUCACCCUCAUCGCUCUCUCCCUCUACCUCCCGUCCCUCAUUGUUCUCACCAUUGGCUACGGGACGCUCUUCGUCAGGGUCCAGCAGCUUGAGGUUCGCUUGGCGGUCAGCCUCACAACACUACUCGUCCUGUACACCUUCUUCAACCAAACCUCCUCAUCGCUGCCUCAAACCGCCUACGUCAAAAUGGUCGACGCAUGGUUCUUCUUCUGCACCAUCCUGCUCUUCUGCAUCAUCAUGGCACACAUCUACGUGGAGAGGAUGAACACCUCGCCCGUGGAGCCUUUGGGGCAGCGCGGCAAUGGUGCAUGGCAGACAGCAGCGACGCAUAAGAGGCGUCGUAUGUUGCCGGAAACUUUCCUCACGGUGCUCCGGACUUACGUGUGUCCCGCCGUGGUGACACUGUUCUUCAUUGUGUAUGGUUCCAUUAUGUUCGCGUAGCCUCGACAAGUUAAGAACGCUGACCCGGCCGUCGACAAGCCAUCCCAGUCACACCAGUUAUCGUUCUGUGGUGCUCAUAUUUCUCACGGUUUACUUUCAUUGAAUAUUAGCGUAGCAUCACGAACACUGACUUAUCUCAUUGCCAUCUCAGUGACCAAUUUAUCUAACUGACAAACUCUUCAUCCACCCUUGCAAAGAAUUGAUUUACUAUAUACAAAUGACAUUUGACAAUAUUACUCAUUGCUUACUCUCCUAGAGUGUGCAUCACCAAA